AAUUUCCAUAACAUGCAGAGAUCCAAGGCCGACUCCAACGCAAAGUGUGCCCUCUGAUUUUAUCUUUCACGAUCUUCUCGCUCUAGAAAAUAAAAUUUAUAUUACGAAAUCCAUGCGUGUUGGUGAUAGGGUUAGGGCACAAGUGCUAUUAUUUGAAAAAUUUAGAUAAUUUGGUGUGUUUAUCUUUCUCUCUCUAAAAUUCUGGGGCCUCACGCCCUGUAGAAGGAGGAGUUUAAGGAGAGGCUGUUAAGGGUUCUAUUCUAUUGAAUUGGCAACCAUACAAGGCACUGUUUCUUCUCCUCAUCUAAGAGUGAGACCAGGAACGAGAGAAUACCUCCCUCUUUACAGAACUUGUUAAUAGCCUCAUCAGGUUUUUAAUGUGGUUACUAAGAAUUUACCAAUGGUAGACUCUUCACACUAGCAAUUGUAGCUGGGAGUGCUUUUGCAAUGUAUUCUAGAAGGCUUAGGUGCAAAUGCCAAAAUGGGGUUACUUUUCUCCGACAAAUUCAUGAUUUGAUCAACUUACAGGGCUAUGAGUGUAGGGGAUUAUGCAGGUCCCAUUUUUGGGCUCCCCCAAAUUCUCGAUCGCUUAAGACUGAUUCUUCUAGAGUUCCGGAUUGGCCUGAUAGGGGGGCUUCUAGUGCAAGUGGGAGUUUUGAUCUUUGCUGCCGAAUAUUUCCAAGAACUUUACAGUACUCUCCAAUAAAUUUCACAAACACUUAUGGGAUUAGGAGCCCUUUGUAUUUGUCAUCGCAGUCUAGGUUUUAUAGUUCAGAUGGUGACGGAAGGAAUGCAAGUGAGGGAAAACAUGUGCCUGUUAAAGAUACCAGUGAUAUAGAUAAGACAGUGAGUGGCCAUAUUAAUGAUCAUGGUGGAGUUGGUAAGUCACAAGGAGAGAGAAUUAAUGGGGAUUUGAGGUAUUUUACUGACCAUGCUCAGUUCGGUGAGCAAGAUCAGAAAGAGUGGCUGCUUAGUGAGAAAUCAUCUAUGGAGAGCAAGAAGAGAGAGUCACCAUUCCUUUCCAAGAGGGCGAGGUUCAAAAAUGAGUUCUUGAGGCGGGUGGUUCCAUGGGAGAAGAUCAAUGUCUCCUGGGAAUCAUUUCCCUAUUUCAUCCAUGAGCAUACUAGAAAGACUCUGGUGGAAUGUACGGCUUCACAUUUGAAACACAAGCGAUUUGCAUCACAAUAUGGUUCCCGCUUGAGUUCUUCUUCGGGAAGAAUCUUGUUACAGAGUAUUCCAGGAACAGAGCUCUAUAGGGAAAGGCUAGUCAGAGCUCUAGCACGUGAUAUGCAAGUCCCUUUAUUAAUACUAGACAGCAGUGUUCUUGCCCCUCAUGACUUUGGUCGAGAAUGUGCAUCAGAGAGUGAUACAGAUGAUGAAACUGCAGAAACAGGGGAAGAAUGCACUACAGAGUCGGAGGUUGAGGAUGAAAAUGACGCGAGCAAUGAAGAAGAAUGGGCAAGCAGUAGUGAAAUCAAGUCUGAUAGUGAUGAAGAUGAGGUUGAGGCAAGGGCUGCUGAAGCUCUCAGGAAGCUUGUGCCAUAUACCAUUGAGGACUUUGAGAAGAGAGUAUCAGGAGCAGAGGCUGAAAGUAGUGGUGCAUCAACAAAGUCAGAUCCUGCUGAAUCUUCACAGCAAUCAAAACAACCCCUUAAAAAAGGAGACCGUGUCAAGUACGUUGGUGCUUCUAUACCUGAUGCUGUUAAUAACCGGAUUAUUCUUGGGAAAAUACCUACAACUCAUGGCCCAACUAAUGCAUUUACAUAUCUCAGUGGCAGGCCCUUGUCAAGUGGUCAACGCGGGGAGGUAUAUGAGGUUAAUGGGGAUCAGGUUGCUGUAAUUUUGGAUCACAGUGAGAAGAAAACUAAGGAUGAAAAGAACGGUGAAGUUACUGAAGAUGCUUCUAAAGCACCAGUUUAUUGGAUUGACAUUCACGACCUCGAACAUGAUCUGGAUACCCAGACGGAGGAUUGGUACAUUGCAAUGGAAGCCCUUUGUGAGGUUUUGCCAUCUUUACAGCCAAUUAUUGUUUACUUUCCAGACACUUCACAAUGGUUGUCGAGGGCAGUUCCAAAGUCAAGCCAUAAGGAAUUUGUCCUUAAAGUAGAGGAAAUGUUUGACCAAUUAUCAGGGCCUGUUGUUUUGAUUUGUGGGCAGAACAAAGUAGAAUCGGGGUCCAAGGAGAAAGAGAAAUUUACAAUGGUUUUACCUCAUUUUGGUCGUCUCGGUCGGCUGCCUGUUCCAUUGAAGCGACUUACAGAGGGAUUGAAGGCUACCAAAACAUCAAAGAAUGAUGACAUAUACAAACUUUUCAUGAAUGUCAUAAAUAUCCAAUCGCCAAAGGAAGACGAAUUGCUAAGAACAUUCAAUAAACAAAUUGAAGAGGAUAGAAGAAUUAUCAUCUCUAGGAGCAAUUUAAGUGAGCUACAUAAGGUUCUAGAGGAGCAUGAUCUAUCAUGUCCCAAUCUUUUGCAUGUCAAAACUGAUGGGGUGAUUCUCACAAAACAGAAAGCAGAAAAGGUUGUUGGUUGGGCCAGGAAUCAUUAUUUGUCAGGAUGCAUUCUUCCUUCAAUAAAGGCUGAUCGGCUCACUGUACCCCUUGAAAGCCUGGAAAUUGCAGUUACAAGAUUGAGGGAUCAGGAAGUGCUGUCCAGAAAACCCACACAAAGCUUGAAGAGUCUAGCAAAGGAUGAGUAUGAGAGUAAUUUCGUCUCUGCGGUUGUUCCUCCUGAAGAAAUUGGCGUAAAAUUUGAUGAUAUUGGUGCCCUGGAAGAAGUAAAGCAGACAUUAAAUGAAUUAGUUACUCUUCCAAUGAGGAGGCCAGAGCUUUUUUCUCGUGGAAAUCUCUUGAGGCCUUGCAAAGGAAUUUUGCUCUUUGGUCCUCCAGGGACUGGGAAAACUCUUCUUGCAAAAGCGCUUGCAACAGAAGCUGGAGCAAAUUUUAUCAGCAUAACUGGUUCCACUCUUACAUCUAAGUGGUUUGGAGAUGCUGAAAAGCUCACUAAGGCCCUUUUCUCAUUUGCAUCCAGAUUAGCCCCAGUUAUCAUAUUUGUUGAUGAGGUUGACAGUCUUCUUGGAGCUCGUGGUGGUGCAUUUGAGCAUGAAGCCACAAGAAGAAUGCGUAAUGAAUUCAUGUCAGCUUGGGAUGGACUUAGGUCCAAAGAUAGCCAGAGAAUCCUCAUUCUUGGUGCAACUAAUCGGCCGUUUGACCUGGAUGAUGCGGUCAUACGCCGUUUGCCUAGAAGAAUAUAUGUGGACCUGCCAGAUAUGGAGAACCGAAUGAAAAUUUUGAAGAUAUUCCUUGAGCGAGAAAACCUAGAUUCCAGCUUCCAACUUGACAAACUUGCCAAUGCCACCCUAGGGUAUUCGGGAAGUGAUUUGAAGAACUUGUGCAUUGCAGCAGCAUACAGACCUGUUCAAGAACUUUUAGAAGAAGAAAAGAAGAAUGGAAGAAAAGAACCAGCACCAGUUCUGAGGCCAUUGAACCUGGAUGAUUUCAUACAGGCAAAAUCGAAGGUCGGUGCAUCGGUAGCAUAUGAUGCCACGAGUAUGAAUGAGCUUCGGAAGUGGAAUGAACAAUACGGGGAAGGAGGCAGCAGAAGGCGAUCUCCAUUUGGUUUCGACAACUGACUUGAUAUUCCCUCAAAAAAAACCCCAUGUAACCCCUUUUUGUGUGUUCCUCUAAACAUCCUCUUAGAGUAAAGGUUAAGAAAGCAGGCUAUGUAAUUUAUGGAUGUAAGGGCCUUGCCUGUUUCUAAAUUUUCGGCCUUCUUUUGAGCGAUAAUUCUUCUAUGUAAUCCCAUUUGGGGAGCUAUUUAGGGUUUAAUAAUAUAUAUUUGGCAUUUAAUUUAAUGUUCAUUGUGUACC